CAGCCGGCGCAGGCGCACUGGCCUGUCCGAGGCCGGUGGACCAUGGAGGUCGGAAGGUGUUUCGUCUGGGAAUGGAGCGCCCAAUCCCUCCCCGUGGCAGUAGGGGCCGUUUUGAAGCUGCGGCUCUGUGAGCUGUGGCUACUGCUACUGGGUUCUGGUUUGGACGCAAGUUUUUUGCCACACGAAGAGGACAUAGACUUUAUCAAUGAGUACGUGAACCUCCACAAUGAGCUGCGGGGCAACGUCAUACCCCGAGGAUCUAACUUGCGUUUCAUGACUUGGGAUGUAGCUUUGUCACGGACUGCUAGAGCAUGGGGAAAAAAGUGUGUGUUUGAGCAUAAUAUUUAUUUACAAGGUGUACGUAUGGCCCAUCCUAAAUUUUAUGGUAUUGGUGAAAAUAUGUGGGUCGGCCCUGAAAAUGAAUUUACUGCAAGUAUUGCUAUCAGAAGUUGGUAUGCAGAGAAGAAAAUGUACAAUUUUAUAAAUGGCAGUUGCUCUAAAAACUGUUCUAAUUAUAUUCAGCUUGUUUGGGACAACUCUUACAAAGUUGGCUGUGCUGUUACUCCAUGUUCAAAAAUUGGACAUAUUAUACAUGCAGCAAUUUUCAUAUGCAACUAUGCACCAGGGGGAACGCUGACGAGAAGACCUUAUGAACCAGGAACAUUUUGCACUCGAUGUGGCAGACGUGACAAAUGCACAGAUUUUCUAUGCAGUAAUGCAGAUCGUGACCAAGCCAUAUAUUACCAAUUUUGGUAUCCAAAAUGGGAAGUGCCCCGGCCAAUUGUGUGUGAUCCACUGUGUGCAUUCAUUUUAUUAUUGAGAAUAUUGUGUUUUAUGCUGUGUGUCACAACUGUUUUGAUAGUACAGUCUUAUUUUCCAAAUAUCUUGUUGGAACGACAAAUGAUAUUUACCCCUGAGGAGUCUGAAGAAGAGAAAGAAGAAGAGGAAAAAGAGGAAAAGAAGAAAGAGAAAGAGGAAACGGAAAUGGAAUUUGAAAUAAUAGAAACGGAGGAGGAAAAAGAAGAGGGAGAGGAGGAAGAGGAGGAAACACAAAAUGAAAAGAUGGAGGAAGAGGAGGAAACACAAAAAGAAAAGAUGGAGGAAGAGGAAGAUUUAUCACCAACAUAAGCCAAAAGUAUAAUACAAAAAAGACAGACAGAAAAAAAGGAAAGUAAAACACUGAAUUUUAACAAGAAAGAAAAUAUGCAAACCACUUUUGGAAUGUUUUUUAUUUCCUUAUCUCCUGUGCUUAUUCAGUAAAUUUACAUUUGUAAAACAAAGAAACAAACAAAAAACAUGUAAGCAUUAAGGUGAGCUCUUUG